UGAUCUGUACUGGGUCAGUUAAGAUUGCAUAUUGACCAGUUAUUACAGAAACUUGCAACCAUCAAUAGAAAUCGCUGAUGUUGAAUUCACUUUGCUUUCUUUUUUAAUGCUCCAUUGUGCAGUUUAUGGAUUCAGACAAUCUAUUAACAAACCCGGACACCCUGGGCCUUUUGAUAGCUGAGAACAAGACUAUCGUGGCCCCAAUGCUGGACUCGCGAGCAGCCUAUUCAAACUUCUGGUGCGGGAUGACCUCACAGAAUGUCUCCUUGGAAGAGACCCUGCAUCUCACUGUAUUGACUUUCUCUACAGUUAAGAAUCCUCCCGUGGAACCUUCUCGGUAUUUGUCUCUGCUUCCCAAAAUCCCAGAUAAGAUGGGAUUUGAUGAGGUUUUCAUGAUUAACCUCAAACGUCGGAAAGAUCGACGGGAACGGAUGUUGAAGGCCCUUUACGAGCAGGAGAUUGAUUGCAAGAUUGUUGAAGCCGUGGAUGGGAAUACUGAAUACAUGGAACAUUUUGACAACCGGAAUUUGCUGGCCUUCUCAGUGGAGCCCCUGCUGGUUUAUCCAACACACUACACCGGGGAUGAUGGUUACGUCAGCGACACAGAGACCUCCGUGGUGUGGAACAAUGAGAAGGUCAAAACAGAUUGGGACCGGGCCAAGUCGCAGAAAAUGAAGGAGCAGCAGGAGUUGAGGAACGAAGCCAGGAAUUCAGACGUGCUCCAGUCCUCACUUGACAGGACAGCCCGGGAUGAGCUAUGACCCUGUGUGGAUGCCUGAAGAAAGGGGACCGGGAGAGAGACAGCGCAAGGGGAAGCUUUUUUUGCCUCAGGGUUGAUGGGUGGAUUCUCUCAGAUGUCAACAGUGGGGUGCAUCAUGCCUCCUUGUAGCGCCUAUGGGAAGCCUCAGUCCCUUGCAACCUGAGGAACCCUAAAUGGAAAUGGUGGCGUCUUCUUAAUUCUACCAUCUCCUGCUCUCCAGUUCUGUGGGCAAAUGUGGGGCAGAGGCAAUCUGGCAGUACUCAUUUGAGAAGUUUUAUUCUCUGAUAAUAGGCCUUUUACAUGGAUUCUCUGUGUUGGGAGAGGGAGAUGUUGAACAGAUGCAGCUCAGCUUAGCAGGUUUCGAUGUCACGAUGCUCCAUAUCGGACAAAACCAUUUCACUUGGCAGUAAAAGGCAGUAAAAAUAUUCUGGUUAAUUUUAUAUAAAUGUUCUUCCAGUCACAGUUUCAUAUCUCUUUCCAGAAGAAUCUUGAUUUUUUUUCCUCUCCUGGUUCCUUGGUUGUGUUGAACCAGAGGUGGGUUCCUACCAGUUUUCACCAGUUCGGUAGAACCCGUUCGUCAAAUCUAACGAACCGG